AGAAAAACAUAAUGCUUACAUUUUCAAAACCCUACUUUCCCUGAUUCCCAAAACUAUCACAAAACAAAACCCUCGCCUCAGUCUCCAAACACUCUCCGACCAUCAACCGCCACCAAUCUCCGGCCACCAACUAGAACACCCUUUUAAAGAAAAAUGAUUUCAUCAAUAUCAUGGGUUCCAAAAGGGGCAUCAAAGUCUGUACCUUCAGUAGCUGACCCACCUUCAAAAGAGGAAAUUGAGGAGAUAAAAAAACUAGCUUUGUUGGAAAAAAGUUCAGAUGUUGAAGUUGAGGAGGGUAAUGAGGAUAUUAGUGAGGAGGGUAAUGAGGAUAUGAGUGAUGAUGAUGAUGUAACUGGACAGGGUGAGGAAGUUGAGCGAGCGUUGGGUGCGGCUAGUGCGCUCGGUAAAGGUGGAUCGAGUGUUCAUGAUAUCGCAGAUGGGUUGGAUGAACUUAACAUGGAUGAGUAUGAUGAAGAGGAUGAUGCCAUUGAACUAUUUGGUUCGGGGAUCGGGGACACUUACUAUCCAAGCAAUGAACUAGACCCCUAUCUUAAAGAUAAAAACGACGAGGACUCUGAAGAGAUCGAAGACAUCAUGAUCAAAGCUGACGACGCUGUUGUAGUCUGUGCGCAUAAUGAGGAUGACGUUAAUCAUUUACUGGUUUGUAUAGUAGAGGAUCCCGAUGGUGAUUCGAACAUGUAUGUUCACCAUGAAAUUCUCAUCCCCGCGUUUCCUCUGUGCACCGCAUGGCUCGAUUGCCCAAUUAAAGGUGGAGAAAAAGGGAAUUUCAUAGCAGUCGGCUCGAUGGAACCGGAAAUUGAAAUAUGGGACCUUGAUAUCAUAGAUGAAGUCCAGCCAUCUCUCACAUUAGGUGGUAUUGCCGAGACGAAGAAAAAGAAGAAAGGAAAGAAAGUCAAGAAGUCCGUUACAUACAAAGAAGAUAGUCACACUGGUGCCGUGCUUGCUCUAGCUUGGAACAAGGGCUUUAGGAAUAUUCUUGCGAGUGGUAGUGCUGACAAAACGGUAAAGAUUUGGGAUGUGUCAACAGGCAAAUGCAAGUUGACCAUGGAUCAUCAUACUGAUAAGGUUCAAGCAGUUGCAUGGAACCAUCAUGAGCAUGAAGUUCUUCUUAGUGGAUCGUUUGAUCAUACAGUUGUCAUGAGGGAUGGAAGGGUUCCGUCACAUUCUGGUUUCAAGUGGUCGGUUGCCGCUGAUGUCGAGAGCUUGGCAUGGAAUCCACAUGACCAACAUUUGUUUGUGGCGAGUCUCGAGAACGGUACAGUUGUCGGUUUCGAUAUCAGAACAGCAACGUCUAAUUCAUCUUCAGAUUCAAAAACAUUCACCAUCCAUGCACACGAUAAAGCUGUUUGUGCUAUAUCUUAUAACCCCUUGGUGCCAAAUCUUCUCGCAACUGGCUCUGAAGACAAAAUGGUCAAACUAUGGGAUCUGUCAAAUAACCAACCGUCAUGUAUUGCGUCACAAAACCGCAAAGCUGGAUCUGUAUUUACUGUAUCGUUCUCAGAAGAUUCUCCGUUUUUGCUGGCACUUGCGGGAUCUAAAGGAAAUCUGGAGUUAUGGGACACUUUAUCGGAUGCUGCAGUUUCAAAACGAUACGGGAAAUACGCAAGACAGAACAAGGCACCCUCCUCAACAUAAAUUACGGUUUUUUGCACUUAUGUUUUACUUUGCAUCAUUUCAACGGCUACGGGCUUGUUUGAUUUUCUUUUUUUCAACUUCAAUCUAAUAUAUCUGGAUAAAAGGCUUGUUUUGGGGGUGCAUUGUAAUUUCUAGUGUUUGUUCAAUACAAAUUUUGUUUUUUUAGUUAUGUAAUUUCUACCGGUGCU